AUGUACCUAAUUGACCGUACCGAAACUAUCGGACAUAAAUUAGUGCGCAUUGUUUCGAGUGCAAUUGGCGGUCUGGAUGAUUUGGAAUCGAGCCUAAAUAAACUUACUGCUUCCUUAACAUCAUCACUUGUGACCCAAGUAAUCGAUUCUUGCAAAAACGAAGCACCCACUAGAAGAAUGCUAAGGUUUUUUUCCUGGUGUCAUAAGAAUUUGGGUUAUGGUUUGUAAGAGAAGGACUACAAUUUUGGCAUUCGGGUUGAGGACCACACGGCAGCGAACAUUUUACUCUCUGAUAUUGUGAAGGCCGGCUGCGCAAUGGCAGCUUAAACUUUUGGUCUUGUUGCUGAGGCAUUGGUGAAGUUGGGGAAGGAAGAUGAGGAAUUGGGUAUGUUUAAGAACUUGGACAAGUACAAGUGAUCUCGAGACGGUGUUACAGUCACUGCCAGUGUCAAUGCGCUUUGCGCUUGAGGGCACGUUAAAAGUGCAGAAGGGGUUGUUUUGAACCACAGGGAUAAGAUUGCCGGUAUAUAGCCUUGCAUUUAUAAAAGUCUUUUGCAUGGAUGGUCUGUGCAGGAGAAUGUGAAGGAAGCAAGAAGAAUCAUCAAAGAAAUGAAGUCGAUCGGGAUUAUGCCAGACUUGUUUUGCUACAACACAUUCCUUCGGAGGCCUUUGCGUGAGAACUUUAAGCGCAAUUCGUCUGGACUUGUUCCCGAAGCGCUAAAUGUUAUGAUUGAGAUGAGGUCUUAUAGCAUUUUUCCAAAUUCCAUUAGUUACAAUAUAUUGCUUUGGGCGUAUUGUCCGGUUUAUGAUGCGUUGAUUCCCAAGUUUUGUAGGGGAGGGGACCUUGAAAAGGGUAGAGAGCUUUGGGAUGAAGGUAUUACUCUUAGCUGCUCGAGCGAUUUGUUGGACCCUUCGAUCACUGAGGUUUUCAAGCCAGCAAGGAAUGAGGAAAAACUCCGACUUAUAGAAUGCACCAAUGCAAAGGCUGAGGUGAAAGUUAGAAGGAGGACCGGGAAGACAAAGCAGACGAAGAAGAAGAGAGAUUUUAAGGGGGAAUACUGA